CGGGACACGCGACGCGAUCUGAUUUAUUUGAUAAUUAACGACGCGAGGACACUAAUUAAUUACUCACGCUCACUAAUUAAUUACGCGAUCGGCUCAACGACAAUCGCGAGUGUUGUUCACGAACUAUUGAAAGUACAGUAGAGGGCAGCAGCAUUCUAGAUUGUGCGUUCGGAAAUAUAGUCGCCUAAAGCCUAGGGUGAAGCGCUUGCCCAAUCAGAGCGCAAAACUUCUCGGCCUCCGAUUGGCCGGCCGAAUUCUGCAUUUUGACGUACGGAUUUUCGAACACGACUCCGAAGUUUCUUUCAAUGUAACAUGGCGCCGUUUACGAGCCGCUUGAGUUAUUCAUCCGUAGAGAGGGGGAAACCGCCGCUCUGCGCGGAUCUCUGGACGGAUCCGCGAUCCGGGGUGUCUACGACAUCGAAACCGACGUUGAACGUCGACAAGAGGGAAUUUACGUGUACACUCGACGUACGACGAAGAGGUGCUCGCGACGAAGAGGAGGUGGAGGAAGUUAGUCCAGCCGACGUGACGGUAGGCCCCGGAGUAUGUGAAAAUGGAUUUUAAGAGCGUGGUGUACAAUGCUGCGAGGGACGGCAAGCUCAAACGUCUCAAGGUGUUUCUGGAGCAUCGGGGCAAAGAUGAGGUAGGACAAUUAGUCGGUGCUAAGACCCAUGGCGCAACACCCUUAGUCAUGGCAUGUCGGAACGGACAUUACGAUGUGGCAGAAUAUCUUAUUGAAAAAUGCGGGGCGGACGUGGAGCAGCCUGGGUCAGUGGUCUUCGAAGGAGAGACGAUCGAGGGUGCACCACCUUUGUGGUGCGCGGCGGCUGCUGGUCACUUGGCCCUGGUCAAACUGCUGGUGAGACGGGGCGCCAAAGUAAAUUCGAUCACGAAAACGAAUUCCACGCCUCUUCGCGCUGCAUGUUUCGACGGACACUACGACAUCGUUAAGUUUUUAGUACAACAUGGUGCAGAUAUCGAGAUGGCGAACCGACACGGGCACACAUGCCUGAUGAUCGCUUGCUACCGGGGCCACGUGAAAAUCGCAAAGUUCCUACUCGCUCUGAAAGCGGACGCGAAUCGCAAGUCCGUGAAGGGCAACACGGCGCUGCACGACUGCGCCGAAAGCGGAUCCCUGGAGAUACUGAAGAUACUCGUCGAGCACGGCGCUCAGAUGGACGUGGACUCCUAUGGAAUGACGCCACUCCUCGCGGCAGCAGUAACAGGUCACACGCAUAUCGUCGAGUACCUCAUAGGCAUUCCGCAGCUGUUCAGCAGGAAAGAACGCAUCGAUGCGCUGGAAUUGCUUGGAGCAACUUAUGUGGACAAGAAAAGAGACAUGAUAGGUGCUUUGCAAUUUUGGAAGCGAGCCAUGGACGAGAGAUAUCGAGGAGAUGGUCCGAUGAUAUCAAAACCUGAAUCUCCGCCCGUUGUAGCCGCUUAUGAUUUCGCUCGAGAGGUAAUUGAACCCGAAGCCUUGGAUGAUUUGUUGGCUGAUCCAGAUGAGAUGCGCAUGCAGGCAUUGGUGAUUAGAGAACGGAUAUUAGGACCGGCCCAUCCGGACACGAGUUACUACAUUAGAUAUCGCGGGGCGGUUUACGCGGAUGCGGGUAAAUUUCGUCGCUGUAUCGAGCUGUGGAACUACGCUCUCGAUAUGCAACAGAGCAUGCUGGAGCCGCUAAACCCUAUGACGCAGAGCUCUCUAUUCAGUUUUACCGAACUCUUUAGCUUUAUGGUGGGCGAGGAAGGCAGACAGACAGCUAGGGGUCGUAGAGUACCACCGGUGAAGAGAGAAGAUCUUUUGAAUGUCUUCGAGAAAGCUGUUAACGAAGUAGCGAAAGGAAAACAAAUGUUAGACAAAAUGAGCGAUCUGGCCUGCGAACGUGAUCUAACGUUUCUGAACAGGGUCCUCGUUAUAACUCUGCAUUUGGCGUGUCUGUUAACACGCGAGACCGGAGAGAAGGGUAGCGAAGAAUACAUCGCCUUACACAAAGAGCUGUAUAAGUUAAUCCGAAUAAAUGCCAAAGGGAAGCAGGGUCGCGACGCGCUGCAACUGAGCCACAGCGAGGACGGUGCUCUGGUUGGCAGGUAUCCCACGUGCAAAUUUCCAUCUCCUCAUUUGACCAAAGCUCUGCUGAGAGUAGGCGCGGACGUGACUGCCAGGGACAAUGAUGGAAAUACGGCCCUUCAUCUGACUGCGCUAUUACGUCCUUGGCGACCGGUCUUAUCGAUCGACCUGCUCGACGCCGGCGCGCAUCUCGACGCCGUGAAUAACGACGGCAAAACGUUCGAAAUGCUGUUGUGCGAUAAGGAGCUUUACGACUCGAUCUAUCCUCUGAAAUACACCACGCUCGCUUGUCUCGCCGCGCGAGUAGUCAGAAAAACGCAAAAGAUUAGUAGAGUACCCCAACACCUUCGCGCUUUUGUCGAGAUGCAUUAGCAAUAUCAAGAAGACGUAAACGCACGUGCGCAGGACGCGAAACCGCUAGUAUCGAAAUAACGGCGGGCUCAUCCUAAUUGACUGAUUAUAAGGAAAUUUAACGAGAGUUUCGAUGGAGAAUAGAGAGGCGUUGACGAACCCAAUUGACGAUUUAUUCAUUCUGCGAUUCAUCGAGACUCACCUUUUUAUAUAGUCCAUAUCGGAAUAAAAAAGGAUUAUUCCCAAUUCUUUCAAUAUGGAAUGUGUACCAUGAAGCACACAUGAUCCCAAAAAGAUCUCUUAAUUAUUUCCUCCGAUUCAAAGCAUGUUUUGCAAUAAGAUUUUCUUCAAAGAAUUGGCGCGGUAUCUUUAUUUAUAUUUUACAAUUGGCAUCUUUGCAUCUUAUGCUUAAUUUAUUCGAAAUAAAAGAGACAUGAAUUACGAAUGUCUCUGAAGACAAUAAUAAAUUGUAUUUUUACGUGUGUGCGUUUCGCUAUUAAAAGUAUUGUUUAAUAAAAUAAAAUAUUGAAUUGUUAACAUACAUCAUUUGCUAAAUAUGACUAUAAUUUUUUAUAUUAAAAUACUUUCGUAGAAAGAAAAUGGAAAAAUUAAACUACUUAAUGCAAAACACAACUUAAUCCUUAUUUAUAUUUAUUUUAAUUCAUAACUGUUUCUUGAUAUAUACUUUGUAGUUAUUUUGUAUCAACUAAAUAUCUAUUAUCUUAUUGUUGUGUUUAUUUAAAAUUGCGUUAGGGGUCGGCAAUAUAUUUUCAUUAAAAUAGAAUCGAUCGUCAUUUUUUAACAAUUUCUUGUUUGCCAUUGUUUUCGUUAGGUUGAGAUUAAUAAAUUAGAUGGAUGAUGUCGAUGAUAUAUUUGGACAGAUCUCUUUGGUAUCGAGUGUGCAACGAUACGAAAGACUUUAAAUCUUUACGAAUAAGUUAAAAUAUUCAUCGGCAUUGUAACGCGGUGAUAUUGAAUGUGGAGAUAUUGAACAUUGUGAUUUUAUUAUUACGAAGUCGGCUAAUUAAAGGCCUCUCCCUUAUACAUAGACCCUUUACGCGAGCCAUAUUAUACAUACAUACAUACAUACAUACAUACAUACAUACAUACGUUGAUGAUUGCUUAGCGAUAAAUAUACGUUGAAUUCAAGUGUGUAAUCUUAGAGAAAUGACUUUUUACCUUGCUGUAUAAACAGAUGAAAAGAAAAAAAACAUGGAUUUGUAAUAAAAGUUUUCUGAUGCUGAUAAAUGGUGAAUAAUGCAAUUCUACACUUACAUAAUAAUACUGCUCUGUGUAUAAAGAACCGAUUACGAGACAAAAUUGCCGUAUGUUGCGUUUAUAUCUUUCGUGCUAGCACGCCUCGAAACACAUUACGCAUAUUUUGAUCGAUUAAUAUCCCCAGGGUAAAUGAGAGCAAUCGGAAUUGACGAUUCACAUAAGCGACGAGUUUUUCUUUGCCUUUAUUUAAAAAAUGUGAUAAUCCAUACAGAUAUAGAGAAACACGUCGCUACAUAAUUAUAUCCAAAUAUGCACAAACGGGCGUGUGAUGUUCAAAGGUGCCUUUUGCUUUCGAGGUGUUGAACGAUGUUACUUAAACGAAGUAUCUUUUUAUUAAACGCGAGAGAACACGGUUGUUAUUUACACUAUAAAGACGAAUUUAUACGAAAUCGUCCGUACGUAUCCGGAUGCGCGAUUUUAUAUAGGUUUUACAUGUUACAUUCACAAAUCAUUUAACUUAUUACUGACAUUUACACCGCGUCCAAAUCAUUGACUUUACUAUUGUUAUAUUACACUAGAAUGUUAUAUUACGAUUCUCUACGAAGAUAGUGUCUUUACACUUAAUUCAUAUACCAAAAGCUAUUUUAUAAUGUAAAAAGAUAGAUAAAGUUAAAAAAAUACAAGUGUAAAAAUAUGAUUUCGAUAAUUUGCUUUUUUUCUAUUCUAUGCAACUUACCGUCCCGCAAGAUUCGACGUCGCUCGCGAUAGUUUUCCUGGAAGAACAACAUAUUUGCGUGACUAUUUGUCGGCUGUUAAAACUUACCUGACUUGUCACGUUGGGACAGAUGUCUCUCGAUCGUGACCUGUGGAAAUAAUUAAUGAUAUCCACAUUGUAUUUAUAUCCCGGUGUAAUAAAAGUAUUCCUUAUACGAUAA